AUGUCACAAUCGCGCUUCUCCUCGUUGCUCCGAUUCCGGUUCAUCAGGAACCCCAAGUCGGGUCAUGUCCCGCAACCUCCCGGCCAAUCAAGGCCGCAUCCUCGCACAGACACCGUUCCCUUGGCAUCACUUGCGGACAAAGACAAGGAAGAACUGGCCAAGAUCGUCGACGAUGGUACCACUGCGCUCACUCAAACCCUUCCGGCCUUGUUGCGAGUUCUUGACGACAUCUCUCAAAUCCAUCCAUACAUAUCUGUGGGUUUGUUGGCCUUCCGUGUUGCCAUUUUACUGGGAACGAAGUGGCUAGAUGCAGACAGGAAGGUGGCGGUUCUUUUUCUUGCCAUGCAGGAGAUGAUGGACGAGCUCGCCGGGCUCCAGUACAUCAAGGAUGUCAAAGGGUUAGAAGCUGACAAGAACCGCAAGGGAGCCCGCGAGGAGCUCGAAAGGAAAAUUGGCGCCACCGCAAAGGAGAUUGAACAGUGCUGGCAUGCCUGCGAGACAUAUUCUCAGAAGAGAGUCACCACCCGGGUCAUACAGUCCCUCGAAUGGGACGCACAGUUCAAGCAUUAUCUCAGUCUCUUCUCCGAACGGCGCAGUGAGUUCAACGGACUGCUUACUCGGUUGAUCGUCUCCACUGUUACGCAGAAUGCCCGCAAGCUAUGUGUCAUCGAGGAGAAACUCGACCUACUGCUUGCGCGCUUCUCCGCGUUGGCAUCUGACGAAGAACAGCAGCUUCAGAAGUUCAUCAGCACUGGUGACUUCAGUCAGAAGCUCAUCGAAGGGGAUAGCGAGGCGUUGAAGAAGGUAUUGGAGCGGGAAUCCUCUCAGGGCGGGGUCAGGCGGAUGCCCGAAUAUGGUGGUGCAGCUCGGAAGGACAAGCCGAACAUCAAGGACGAAGAGAUAGCAACCCUCAGAAAGGAGCUGUUGAUGACACCAGAGGACGCUAUGAAGAAGAACCUGGCGGAGUUUUCGGGGAAGUUUGACAUGCAGAUCGAAAAGUUGAAGGAUGAUAUGAGGGCAUUAGUCCGCCACGAGAACGAUCGAGUCAUCAAGGCGUUCAAGUCAGGACCUCAGGAUGCCAUUCUGGACAAGGAUAUACAUGAUUUGUGGACCGAGAUCGGAUGGCCAGGCCACGUCAAGACGCGUCAUUUUGUUCUCGCACUGUGCGAUUACUAUCGUCAAUGUCUCAAGGACAACAAACGCGGCGAUGAUAACAAACGCAACGAGGACAAACUACGUAAUUUCAUGUCAAGCCUCAGUGAUGAUCACAAGCGACAUAUCGCCGAUGAGGACAUAUGGGCACUCAAAAUCAUUGACAACCGCAGCUUACAGGCACUUGCUGAGGCAUUCGACGAUGAUGCUUCGGGAUUCAUCACUGUGGUGGAAGUCAACAAUCUCACCUCGGCGCGUCCUCUCGAGUGGAGCAUGCCUCAUUGGCUCGCCUAUUGGGCAAUUGGUUGGCAGAUGGCCGCGGAUGAUUACAAAGAUGCCAUCAACAUCAUCUGUGCUGACAUGAUCGCGAUUCGGCGACUUGUCCAUCCACGCAACCUGGAGAACGUGGAUAGCUACCUCAACAUUGUCUGGCAAGCCGUGAUCACUUUGGCCACUUCGUUCAGCUGUCCUUCCUAUUCAGGGUACAUCUUACGCCGAUUCAACGCGCAUGUGAAAUCGCAAGAGAACAGCUUGCAGGAGCGGCUUGAGAAAGUCCAUUAUAGCAUUGGGGGAGAGAACACAUUGGCCCUCGUCACCGGUCCUGGUCAGAUUGAAAAGCACAUCAUGCCACUGCUUUACCUUCUUCUGCGGCGACACUUUGAGAUCAUGAAGCUUUGUCAGACCAGGAUUAUUCAUGAGGACGAACUUAGCGACGCCGCCCAAGCUAUCACCGAUGUCUUCGAAGUAUUCAAGAGCCGUUACGAUGACCUACAAGUACUCUUCAAGCAACGUAGAGUGGACCCCGGGCAGCAAUUCAAAGUAUUUGCGAAUCAACUGUUUUAUAACUGGCACACAUACAACGAUUUCUGGGCAUUGAAUAACCUCCGCACACUGAGGUUCUCGGGAACGUCCUAUGGCUCGAAGGAGGGAAACCCUGAAUUCGCGAAAUUCUUGAGAUAUCCGUCGGACGCCAUACCAAUACAAUCUGAUACCACACGGAGAGUUUUGCCAAACCUCAAUGCUCAACACCGGUAA